AUGCGCGCCAGGCGCGACGGCCCUUCCUGGAGGGGGCGCGCCCGGAGGCCGGAAGGCGACUCCUCCCGGCUGGGCACCAGCUGGGCACUCGGAGGGCAGGACCCUGGAGAGCGCCACGCGUCUCCCGGGAGCUCCCGCGCCCCCAGCCCCGAAUGGCGCGGCCCCCACUCACCCAGCGACGCGGAGGAGACACCGACUGCGCAGGGAAGGCGGCGCUGCAGCGGCGCGCGCGGCAGAGGCGGCCGGAGGGGCCCCUACCUGGGCACGGAGUUGCACGCCGCUCUGAGGGCGGAACCCGGGCCCCGGCUGCGGAUGAGGAAACUGAGGCUCCUGGUGAAGGGGUUUUCCCACGGUCUCGCGGCUGGUGCUCAGGCUCAGGUGCUUCCCCACCCCCUCCCCGUCCACCCCCCACCCCCAGAAAGCCCCUCCGCCCCAGUGAAUGUCACUGUCAGGCACCUCAAGGCCAACUCGGCGGUGGUGAGCUGGGAUGUCCUGGAGGAUGAAGUUGUCAUCGGAUUUGCCAUCUCUCAGCAGAAGAAGGACGUGCGGAUGCUGCGCUUCAUCCAGGAGGUAAACACCACCACUCGCUCCUGUGCCCUGUGGGACCUGGAGGAGGACACCGAGUACAUUGUGCACGUGCAGGCCAUCUCCAUCCAGGGGCAGAGCCCGGCCAGCGAGCCAGUGCUCUUCAAGACCCCGCGGGAGGCCGAGAAGAUGGCCUCCAAGAGCAAAGAUGAGGUGACCAUGAAGGAGAUGGGGCGCAACCAGCAGCUGCGGACGGGCGAGGUGCUCAUCAUCGUGGUGGUCCUGUUCAUGUGGGCGGGUGUCAUCGCCCUUUUCUGCCGCCAGUAUGACAUUAUCAAGGACAACGAACCCAACAACAACAAGGACAAAGCCAAGAGCCCAUCGGAGACCAGCACCCCUGAGCACCAGGGCGGGGGUCUUCUCCGCAGCAAGUUUCCAAGUCAGCCCUCCGCGAGCAGCAUCCAAGCGUGACUGCCUGCCUGCAGGAAAAAGGAUUGCAGUUUUCUUCUCUGCUGGGCUGCAGAGGAGAGGGAGGACUGCGGCGUGGGGAGGAGGCACAGCUGGCCAGCUGCUCGGUUCUCUCUCUUCCCCUGGCCUCGUCUGGAAAAGGAGGCUGAACUCAAAACCCAAAUUCUGCAAAAAAUAACAAGCCACAAAAUGAAAAGGCCCGGCCCCAUUCUAGAGAGGGCAAAGCUGCCCGAGAGAUGGCCUUCUGCCUCCUCGCUGCUCCUGGCCCAGCUUCCUCUUUGAGAAAAUGCACAAAGCUCCUGGGAGAGGCCCCGCACCCACCAGAGGGACUUUUAGGCCAAGGCACAUCAGGGAAGCCGCGGGGCUGCCUGCCUGCCUGGCAGGUCAGGCUGCCACCAAGCCUUUUCUGGAUCCAGCCAUCAAGGACUUGUGGUGGGAUGCACAAUUUUGAGACGGUUCUCGCUUUUGGAAGACGAAAUUGGAGUUUCUACUCCAGAGGGCAGAGGGGUCCCCGCAAGGACCGAGUUGGUCGCUUGACCCCUGUGUCUUCUCUGGCCCUUGCUUUGAUGACAAAGCUCAUUAGACUGGGGGGUCUUAAGAAGGAGAGAGAGAAGUGGGAAGCACUGGUCCCAUUUCUUUAGGAAACCUCUUGUAGACCGUUUGCCCUGCCGGCUUGUCCACGCGCAGCAUCCUGGGGUCUGCUAGACCACCCCCACUGGCGGACAGGCCUAAGCCACAGAUGGAUAGGCCAGUCCAGGCUAGCACCACUGGCCCCUGGGGUCUCCAUAUUCUGCCAUCUCAUCCAGGGCUCUGUAAAAGCUACCCAGGGUCCUCAUGUCCUUCCUCAGAGCCCGAGUAGUCUGAAGUGACAGGUCUCUCUCUCCACUGCCCCUUUCUGGUUUAAAAAAAACUAACAACAAAAUGGUGCUUGAGAGGGGAAGGCGGACUCUUCCUGAGACUGAGGAUUUGCUGCUGCCGGCCUGGGAAGAGAUGGGCAUCUGCAUCUCCCAUUGGUGGACAAGGCCAGGGAUGGAGUGUGGGAGGACGACGCCUAGCACAAGCCUGGCACACAGCCGGCACUCAGAAAAGGUUUGCUGAAGUGAAGGGCAGCAGCAGAGGCCCGUCCGCCAGAGAGCUGAAAGCCAUCACUGAAGGCCGGCCCUUCCUUCCGGUCGCUCUCCCAGCGCUCUCGUGGCUGGACCAGCCUCCACGCUGCCUCUGGAAGCGGGAGUGUGGGAGCAGGGGGAGGGAGAAGGGGAGCGGAGCGGGCAGCAAUGUUAAGGGCUUCCUCAUGGGAGGGCAUGAGGCUCCACCCCAUUGUCCUGUGACUUCCAUCCCUGCUGAAAGGGGGCUAUCAGGCCAAGGCUCCUUAGGGGAGGGUCCUUCCCUGGGAUCCAGUUAGAGCAAUAACCACUUUUUAAAUGUAAAAUAAAGACAAAUGAAAAGGCA